AUGCUGAUAGAUUUGCAACUGACAAGCUUUUUCGUACUUUUAUUUGGCUUAUUUUCGAUCUCUGCGAUAAAUAUUAAAUAUGAAGAUAUCAUCCAUGAGAAUGAACCUGAAGAAGAAACAACACUUUCAGCGGAUGAUUUUGCGAAAGCUCCCAAAGAGGAGAUCGACCUAAAACUUUUAGGCAUUGAAACUAAGUUAGAUCCGACAAUGGGCAAUAAGACAGAAGGAGAUAUUGCUGUGCCUAAUGUUAGGGAAUUUGACGAUCGAAUCAGCCGUUUGGGACGGAGCGCCGUUAGAGGAAUUUAUAGGCCAGAUCGAGACAAAUUUAUUGAGAUCUUAUGGCAGAAUGUAAUGCCUGGCGCUGAGGAUCAGUUCGAUAAGCACAGUUUUUGGAUUCUGGACACUCUCAAUGAACCUUAUGACUAUUCGUCCAUCAUGCACUAUGGACCUUAUGCUUUCACUGGCAAUGGACGAAGGACCAUCAUUGCCACCAAACCUGAUGAUGAGUGCGUCGACAAAAGUUGGAAAUGUAUUUUUGUGUCAAUUGCUGAUUAUUGUCAAUUAGACGACGAAAUUGCUAACAAUAUAUGUCGAAAGUCAUGUGGCAACUGCAGAAAUCAGCCCAUCAAGAAAAAGCCCAAAAUAAAUAAACCUGAAGAAGGACCAGUAACACGCCAGUUACCAAAACUAACUUCUACUACCAGUAUUUAUACCGAUAGAACGAUGCUAAUAACUACAGCUACUACUAUUACUACUAUUGUCAAUACGAAUAUUACCGUUCUUCCCGAUAAAUCAGCAGAAAAUACUGUUCAAGAUUGCCAUGACUUUGAUGGGUCAUGUGCAUUCUGGGCAGAAAAUGGUGGUUGUAGCAACUACUUCUUGCGAACUUUUAUGAAAACGAUUUGUCUUCAGUACUGUGAGUACUGUUUAGACGGUAACAGCUAUGAAAGAAGCAAUAAAACACCAAAAACAGCAAAACUAUGCAAUGACCAAGCAAGUUAUAUAGUAUGCAAACUGGCGCUAUUAUUCGAUGAAUGUGAUGAAAAAGUAAAUGUGUGUGCAGAAACUUGUGGAGCUUGCUAA